GUCACAGGCGAUAUGAGGAUGAAGACAUUCAGCCUGUGUACAUCGGACUUCCAGUUUCUCACAGAAGGAAAAGGCGCAGACGUCACACUUAUGCCAGUGCUGCUGAGCAAGAGAUGCGUCACUCUCAUAGCGACCACCACACUCAUCAGGAGCACUUGAGACGGGGCUACUACCACGAAAGAGAAGAGAGAUAUGAAGAGGACGACGGAAGCACUGAGAGCCACGAUCCUGACCUCUUGGUCUCACCUGCUGCUGAGAGAUUACGCCAUAUUUUGGGAGAUGAUGAUGGCACGCCCACACCAACAAUCUUCACUGAAAUGGACACACUACAGCAUGAUGGUGGAGAGCUUGAGUGGAAAGAGUCUGCCAGAUGGGUGAAGUUUGAGGAAAAGGUGGAGGAAGGAGGAGAGAGAUGGAGCAAGCCACAUGUGUCCACGCUGACCCUUCAUAGUCUGUUUGAGCUGCGUACGUGUCUCCAGACCGGGACCAUCCUGCUCAAUCUGGAAGGGAAUUCUCUGCCACAGAUUGUGGAUGAGAUACUGGAGCAACAAAUAGCUGAUGGCCUCAUUACCCCAGAUUUGAAGGAGAAGAUCAGUUUCGUCCUUCUUAGAAAGCAUCGUCAUCAAACCAAGAAACCCAUCCAUCGCUCACUGGCAGACAUAGGGAAGCCCUCCAAUCCAGCUCCAAACCGUAGUCCUGUUAAUCUGAGUCGUAGCACUAGUUCAGCUUCUGGGAUCCACCGCUCCACAGAUGACCUUCGCUCUCGGCAGUCGAGCAGCCUUGGCCGUCUGCAUUACAAUCAGAGCCGAAGCAUGAAUGAUAUUUCAGACACUCCAAGCACAGACCAGUUAAGGAACAAGUUCAUGAAGAAGAUUCCUCGAGAUGCUGAAGCAUCCAACGUUCUUAUUGGAGAGGUGGACUUUUUAGACAAACCAUUUGUUUCCUUUGUGCGCUUGUCCCAAGCCACAACUUUAGGGGGCCUCACUGAGGUCCCAGUCCCGACCAGGUUUCUUUUUAUUCUGCUGGGUCCUCAUGGUAAAACCAAAUCUUACAAUGAGAUUGGCAGAGCUAUUGCUACUCUUAUGGUGGAUGAUCUCUUCAGUGAUGUUGCUUACAAAGCGCGAGACAGAGAGGAUCUGAUUGCUGGUGUUGAUGAGUUUCUGGAUGAAGUCAUUGUUCUUCCACCAGGGGAAUGGGACCCAAAAAUUCGCAUAGAACCUCCUAAGAAAGUCCCAUCUGCAGAAAUGAGGAAGUCAGUGCUGAACUUGAAUGAGCUGGGAAAAAUGAAUGGCUCAGUUGGUGGGGGAGCUGUGGCAGAAGACGAUGAGAUGCCUCCUCAACAUGAGCUUGGAGAGGAACUAAAAUUCACUGGGAGGUUUGGCGGUGGCUUGUGGCUAGAUAUUAAAAGGAAGAUCCCUUGGUACUGUAGUGAUAUCUAUGAUGGCUUCCAUAUCCAAUCUAUCUCUGCUGUGCUCUUCAUUUACCUUGGUUGCAUCACUAAUGCAAUAACCUUUGGGGGUUUGCUGGGAGAUGCCACGGACAAUUACCAGGGUGUGAUGGAGAGUUUCCUCGGUACAGCUCUGGCUGGAACUGUCUUUUGUUUGUUUGGUGGACAGCCUCUCAUCAUUCUCAGCUCUACUGGCCCAAUUCUCAUCUUUGAAAAACUGCUAUAUGAAUUCAGCAAGAAUAAUUCUGUUGACUACAUGGAACUGCGCCUGUGGAUUGGCCUUCACUCGUGUAUGCAGUGUUUUGUACUUGUUCUGUCAGAUGCCAGCUACAUCAUCAAAUACAUGACCCGCUUCACCGAGGAGGGCUUCUCUAGUCUCAUCUCCUUUAUAUUUAUCUCUGAUGCCAUUAAGAAGAUGGUAGGAGCCUUUAAGUAUUACCCAAUCAACCGAGGUUUCAAGUCAGACUACAUCACAUCUUACAGGUGUGAUUGUCUUGCUCCAGACCAGGCCUCUGCUCUGGACUUUAAUGUCUCAGCACCACUGGCAGAUGACAACAUGACUAUACUGGUAAGUAAUGCAACAUACAUUUGGUUCAGUUAACUGUGUUUAACUGUUUUUGUAUAUGUGCAGUUUAAUCUGACUGAUAUGGGCUACAGUCAGCUCAGUAAGAAAGAGUGUGUCAAGUUUGGUGGGUCUCUGGUGGGAAAGGCCUGUAAGUAUGUACCAGAUCUGGCACUUAUGUCCUUCAUCCUCUUCUUCGGCACCUAUUCCAUGACCAUCUCACUCAAGAAAUUCAAGUCUAGCCGCUACUUCCCAACAAAGCUGCGCUCUCUGAUCAGUGACUUUGCCAUCAUCAUUUCUAUCCUGGUCUUCUGUGGUUUGGAUUGUCUGUUAGCGUUGGACACGCCCAAACUCCACGUACCCACCCAGAUAAAGCCAACGCGUACGGACCGUGGCUGGAUAGUAAUGCCAUUUGGUAAAAACCCCUGGUGGUGGUACCUGGUCAGUGCCAUCCCUGCUCUCCUAGUGACUAUACUCAUCUUUAUGGACCAGCAGAUUAGUGCUGUCAUCGUCAAUCGCAAGGAAAAUAAACUCAAGAAAGGAUGUGGCUAUCACCUGGACCUGUUCUGGGUUGGGGUUCUUAUGGCUGCAUGCUCCUUUAUGGGUUUGCCUUGGUACGUUGCUGCUACUGUGAUCUCCAUCGCUCACAUCGACUCUCUGAAAAUGGAGAGUGAGAGCAGUGCCCCGGGAGAACAGCCUCAGUUCCUAGGUGUCAGGGAGCAGAGGCUCACAGGUAUUCUGGUGUUUGUCCUCACGGGUGUAUCUGUCUUCCUCGCUCCAGUGUUGCAGUACAUCCCAAUGCCUGUCCUCUAUGGUGUUUUUCUGUACAUGGGAGUGGCCUCAUUAAGUGGCAUCCAGUUCUGGGAGCGAAUCAAGUUGUAUCUGAUGCCAAUUAAGCAUCAACCGGACUUCUCCUUCUUGCGCCAUGUUCCUCUCAGGCGAGUGCAUCUGUUCACACUGAUCCAGAUUGUCUGCCUGGCCGUCCUCUGGAUCCUCAAGUCCACCUUUCUGGCCAUUGUCUUUCCAGUAAUGAUCCUGGGUUUGAUGGUGGUACGAAAGUUGCUGGACUUUAUUUUUUCACAACAUGACCUGGCCUGGCUCGACGACAUUCUGCCGGACAAAGAGAAAAAGAAGAAAGAGGAUGACAAAAAGAAAAAGAAAGAGAAGAGGACAGGGCAGCCUGAUAGCGAUGAGGAGGCCCACAGCCCAUCCCCAUACUCCCAGAAGAUUCCCAUGGCAAUAAUAGAUCCUCCAACCGAACCAGACCUCACAUCUGUUACCCCAAACCAACCCUCUCACUGAAACAAAUCCAUACUCGACAGUUACCUCCGAUGAUGACGAGCUGGACCGCAGGUACUGUGUGCUGAAGCUACACGUGCCCUACAAUGAUGUGAUGUAACCUGGACACAAGAUUAGU